AUAGCCAAGUGGGACAGGUCACCACAUUCUGCAAAGCAGAGGGAGAAGAAGAAUCAACACAAAUUAUGGAGCUGUCUGGUGCUAUCAGCCUCUUCCUUGCCAUCUAUACCAUUAUUCUUCUUAUCCUGAAAGUCAUGCGGGACUACUCACAGAGGAAGACGCUCCCCCCUGGUCCAACUCCUUUGCCUUUCCUUGGGAAUAUCAUGCAGAUCAAUUCAAAAGAACUUUUAAAAUCUCUUCUCAAGCUGCAUGAAAAAUAUGGCCCUGUGUUCACUGUCCAUUUUGGACCUCGUCCUGUUGUGGUCUUAUGUGGACACCAAGCUGUGAAGGAGGCCUUGGUAGACAAAGCAGAAGAAUUCAGCGGAAGGGUUACCAAUGCUACUGUGGACGACACCUUCCAAGGCUAUGGUGAGAUAACCCAGUUGGGUUUGCAAUAUUUCACAGAGUUGUCUCUGAACAGGGAAGCCUCCCCCGUCCGCUGGAGCUGCCACGAUAUGGCGGCCAAGUAUGACUUGAGCGAAGACAGCGACAGCCCCCGCUCGGACCGGGAACCACGGCUGUCGUGGCCAUUCUGGCGCUAUCAAGAUGCAAUCCAUUUGCGCCGACUGGAAGAAUUUAGAAAGACAAAUGGGAAGGCCUUCAACCCCACCUUCUACCUCAGCCGUGCUGUCUCCAAUGUUGUCAGCACCAUCCUCUUUGGUAGCCGCUUUGACUAUGAAGAUAAAGUUUUCCAGAUGCUCACACAGACAUCGAACGACAUCUUCCGCUUGAUGAGCACUCCCUCUGGCCAGAAAUAUGAUGUCUAUUACAGUUUCUUGAAGUAUUUUCGAGGAACCCAGACCAAGAUCAAUGAGCUUCUACGACAGAUUCUAGUUGUCAUUGCCGAGCAUGUGAAGAUGAACCAGGAGACACUGGAUCUCAACAACCCACGGAACUAUAUUGAUUGUUUCCUCAUCCAGAAGGAGAAGGAAAAAGACAACCCAGACAGCGAAUUUACCAUCAGAAACUUGGAGCUCAGUGUCCUUAUUCUUCUCUUUGCUGGGACAGAGACAGUCAGCAGCACCUUGAGAUUUGCAUUUCUGUAUCUGAUGAAAUAUCCUGAAGUGCAAGGUAUGAAGAAAUUAGGCUGAAGACACUAAUCCCAU